GAGGAGGACGUCGCAUCUGUUGCUCCAGACGCUGCCGCUCCACGUCCUGCUUUUGAAUUUGGAGACACUUGUAGAACUAGAUUUUUUUCGGGUGUUUCGUGAGAAGGUUUUUUUGGGGGCGAGCCUCCGGAUUCAAGACACACCUGAGGUGGAGGAGAUCCGACCUGCGACUGUUCCAACACAACAAAAAACUAGUUCCUAGCGCCGCUCCGUUGGCCGGCCGGGUCCCAUCCAGAGAGCGGGCUCCAAUUUCUGUGCGAUUGAAUCCGAGGAACGAGAGCGAGGCGACACAGCCGGGGCUUUGUGUGCCGUGGAAACGCUAACCGGCUGAAAGUAUCACGGGCCUCACAGCUCCCUCUGGUCUGAAGUCUGAGGGAGGAGGAAGAGAUCAACAGCUGCACAGCACUCAGAGGAGAGGGGAAGCAGAAGAGGAGCGCGCACCAGGGGCCGAAAGGAAAUCGCGUGCAGGUCCAGGUGCCGGAGGGGGGGCCCGCCAUGGUGCGAGGCGGCGGCGGCGCGGCGGCGUCCUGCAGCUGGCUCCUCUGGGCGGUGGGCGCCCUGUCGCUGGCGGCGCUGUGCCGGUCGGACCAGGCCAUCCGCUGCCCCGUGUGCUCCGAGGAGCGGCUGGCCAGCUGCCGGCUGCCGGACGGCUGCAAGGAGACGGUGAAGCAGCCCGGCUGCGGCUGCUGCCCCACCUGCGCCCUGCCCAAAGGGGAGCACUGCGGCGUGUACUCGCCCCGCUGCGGCACGGGCCUCCGCUGCUACCCGCCGCGCGGCGUGGACCGCCCGCUGCACUCGCUGAUGCACGGCCAGGGCGUGUGCACCGACGAGCGGGAGGCGGAGGAGAACUCAGCGAUGGAGCGGCAGGACGAGCUCGUCCCCGACCACCCCAACAACAGCAACAUCCGCUGCAGCCCGCAGGACAAGCGCUGCAUCCAGAAGACGCUGGCGAGGCAUCCGUCCAAAUCCACCAAUCAGAGGAGCAACACGGCCAGGGAGGAGACCAAGGCGGCGCUGGCUCCGUGUCGGGCCGAGCUGCAGCGAGCUCUGGACCGCCUGGCGUCCAACAGCCGGACGCACGACGACCUCUUCACCAUCCCCAUCCCCAACUGUGACAAGAGCGGGGACUUCCACUCCAAGCAGUGCCACCCGGCGCGUGACGGGCUGCGGGGGAAGUGCUGGUGCGUGGACCAGAAGACGGGCCUGAGGCUGCCGGGGCCCCUGGAGCUGAGGGGGGAGCUGGACUGCCACCCGCCGAUGGCCCCCACCCUGAGGGCCUGAAGGCCGAGGCUGCAGUACGGCUGACGUCCACCGGGCGGUGUUCCGUAGAACUACGCGAGGAAAUGACUCUUAAAAGCUUCGGCCGAGGCCGACGGUACUGGAGGGAAACCAUUGAUUUGACUUCUUUUGCUAUUUUUUGUGUUUUUCCCGUGUGUGUGAGAAGUCUGUGAGUCUUUUGAGCACUUUGUUGUGUAUUGUUUCUACGAUGAGAAGUUUAAGACCGCUAAGUCUUAAAACACAUGUGCUUUGAAGUUACAGGAGGCAGAAAAAGAAAAAAAGGACUGUUGUUAGAGAGCAACAUGUGUUCUGGAGGCGGACAAGAUGUUGUUUGUUUUUUGGGAAAAAAUGCAUCACCCCACCAGAUAAUCAGAGCGAGCUCACAUCGGACCGGUCGACUUUCGUUUAAUCUCCACGCGGCACGAGAGCGGUCGUACUGACAGCAUCACGACAACCCAGGAAGCGCCGCCUCGCACAAGCUGCGUGACGGCUUAGCGUACGUAAACCACCUGGGGACCGAGUAACCGACCGAGAGCAGCGAGGGACGACGACAAGAGAAGCGAUCAAAGGGAGGAAGAAACAAAGGGGUGAUCCGCCCCCUGCUGUGCGUGACUCUUCACGACAUCCAGACCAACGUGAGGAGUGGGAGCAGGUCGCCUUCAUCUCCUGGAGGGGCGCUCUUCUUCCUCUCUCGACGCUCUCACGCCGAGAGUAUCCUCCUCCUCCUCCUCCAGCUGGAGAUACAACGACAAACAAACUGCUCGGCAGAACGUUAGUGGUGCUAAAUAUAUAGAUAUAGAUAUAUAGAUAUCGACUGUGCCAAAAUCAAAAUACAAAAUAAACCUUUUGGGGGCUUUUUUUUUUUGGAUUGUAAAAAGAAAAACUAGUGGAGCAGCCGUUACUUCUCAUGCUUCAUCAAUACUGUUACGUCUAUAGUUCUCCAGAGUCAUGUUUUUUAAUUGUGAUCUUGAAUAGCACCAGAUGUUUACUUUCUUUAACACUCACUUGUGAAAUUGGAAUAAAAAGAAUUUAAAGAGAAUAACGAUGAAAUUGAAAUAUAGCUUCACAUCCUACAUGUUUAUUACACAAAACUCAUAGAGAUGACCGAAGGUGACACAACUACCGGAAACGUCUUCUCCCUGAAGCCACCGGAGGACCACUUCCUGCAUGUCACUCCGAACAUCCAAAGUUAUUCACCAAGAGAAGGAGGGAGGGGCCGAAUCGAUGCUCCAGCUUCAAAUGACAUGAAAACCAAAUAUCGUUUAAAAAAAAACUGUUCCAAAGAUUACAAGCGGAGCAUUUGAGCCAAACUGCAUGCAUCCUCCUCAUCCUCCUCAUCCUCCUCAUCCUCCUCACGUCUCUGAGCAGAUGGUUUUAAGGCCUUCUGAACUUCAUAAACUGUGUAUUUGCGUACGCUGUAGUACGUUGCUUGACCUCUAACCUUUGCUGUACUGAACUGUAAUUGCAUUUCUCUGGAAUAGACUGUUCCUGUUUCGCCUUUGAUAUUAUCUCUUAACAUGUAGGAGCCGUGAUGUUAGCAUGCGUAGCGACGGGGCCGCGGUGGGAGACGCCCGCGGUCGGGUGUAUUUAGUCCAGAGCCGGACGGCUGUAAUAAAAACACUGUGUGUGAUGGAGAGGUUCAACCAAUCAGAUGAUCAGCUACAUGGCAAAUGUUUACCUGAUGACAUCGUACACAUUGUAAUACAUCAAAUAAAACACCUUAGAAACUA